GAUAUUCAUCACUAAAUGGAUCAGAACUGCUCAGCUGUGUGGUUUUAAAGAUGGCGGAGCGCAUGGCUGCACGUUUGUCUGCUCAGGAGGAGCAGAUCGCGGUGUUGAGUCGUGAGAUCAGCCGCCUGCAAGAGGAACUGACGGACGGAUUCGACUUCAGCACGCUAGCCAGCGGCCCGGACCUGGACUCGCUGCGCACCGAGAACGACAAGCUCAAGUACCGACUGCUACACCUCCACCGGAGCCUUCAAGCCGAGCAGGAGCUGGAGGAGCAGAACCACAAUCAGAGGAGAACACCGAACACAAGCCAGAAGGAGGUCAAGACUGAAGAACCAAAGGAGAAGAUCAAUCCAAAAAAUGCAACGCCAUCAAGACCCACCACAACUGAAAAACAAGAGAAGGGCAAAAAGGAGAAGAAAGUGAAGACAGAGGCUGCAGGAGAGCUGAACCCAUGGCCUGUUUUUAUCUCCGAGCGACUGGAUCUUUAUGAACAGCUGAAGAAAGAGAAUGAUGCUCUCCUGGCCAAGCGGGUGGCGGGCAGACACCCCAUUACUGUCCAGCUCCCUGAUGGACAGACAGUGCAGGCCAAUGCCUGGGUGAGCAGCCCGUACCAGCUGGCAUGUAACAUCAGUCAGGGUCUUGCAGAUAACUGCGUGAUUGCACGUGUGAAUGGAGAGCUGUGGGAUCUGGACAGACCACUUGAGACCGACUGCAGUCUGGAGCUGCUGCGAUUCGAUCAUGAGGAUGCCCAGGCCGUUUACUGGCAUUCCAGCGCUCACAUACUGGGAGAGGCUAUGGAGCGUUUCUAUGGUGGAUGCCUCUGCUAUGGGCCACCCAUUGAGAAUGGCUUCUACUAUGACAUGUUCCUGGAUGGACAGAAAGGUGUGUCGAGCACUGAGUUUGGUGAUCUGGAAAACCUCUGUAAAGGAAUUAUGAAGGACAAACAGCCAUUUGAGAGACUGGAGAUCAGUAAAGAAACUCUGCUGGAGAUGUUUAAGUACAACAAGUUCAAGUGUCGCAUCCUGAACGAGAAGGUUUCCACACCCACCACUACAGUGUACAGGUGUGGCCCUUUGAUUGACCUCUGCCGAGGCCCGCAUGUUCGGCACACGGGCAAAAUCAAAGCACUGAAAAUCUAUAAGAAUUCGUCUACAUACUGGGAAGGUCGUUCUGACAUGGAAACUCUCCAGCGGAUCUAUGGAAUCUCUUUUCCUGACAGUAAAAUGAUGAAGGAGUGGGAGCGCUUCCAAGAGGAGGCCAAAAAUAGAGACCACCGCAAAAUUGGGAAGGAUCAGGAACUGUUCUUCUUUCAUGAUCUCAGUCCAGGAAGUUGCUUCUUUCUACCAAGAGGAGCGUACAUCUACAACACCCUGACAGAGUUCAUCAGGGAGGAAUACUGCAGACGCGGCUUUCAGGAAGUCGCUUCUCCAAACAUCUAUAACAGCAAACUGUGGGAGACAUCAGGUCACUGGCAGCACUACAGUGAAAACAUGUUCUCCUUCCCUGUAGAGCAGGAUGUGUUUGCGCUGAAACCCAUGAACUGCCCUGGACACUGUCUGAUGUUUAGUCAUCGACCACGCUCCUGGCGUGAACUUCCUCUCAGACUGGCUGACUUCGGCGUUCUGCAUCGUAAUGAGCUGUCUGGGACACUGACAGGUCUCACUAGAGUACGACGCUUUCAGCAGGAUGAUGCUCAUAUAUUCUGCACUAUGAAUCAGAUCGAGUCUGAGAUAAAAGGCUGUCUGGAUUUCUUGCGCUGUGUCUACAAUGUGUUUGGAUUCUCCUUCCAGUUGCAUCUGUCCACGCGUCCGGAGAAGUUCCUUGGAGAUAUUGCAGUGUGGAACCAGGCUGAGAAGCAACUUGAAAACAGUCUGAAUGAGUUUGGAGAGCCAUGGAAGCUCAAUCCAGGUGAUGGGGCUUUUUAUGGACCAAAGAUUGACAUUACAAUUAAAGAUGCUAUUGGUCGAUAUCACCAGUGUGCCACUAUUCAGCUCGACUUCCAGUUGCCCAUCCGUUUCAAUCUCACAUACGUGGGGAAAGAUGGCGAUGAUAAAGCCAGACCGGUGAUCAUUCAUCGAGCUAUUCUAGGAUCGGUGGAGAGAAUGAUCGCCAUCCUCACGGAGAACUAUGCUGGGAAAUGGCCGCUGUGGUUGUCUCCCCGCCAAGUGAUGUUGGUGCCUGUAAAUCCAUCUCUUGAAGAAUACGCCAAACAGGUGUGCAAGCAGUUUGUUGAAGCUGGGUUUAUGGCCGAUGCUGAUCUGGAUUCUGGUUGCCUUCUGAACAAGAAAAUUCGUAAUGCGCAGCUGGCGCAGUACAACUUUAUCUUUGUGGUGGGUGAGAAGGAGCUGCUGACUAACAGCGUGAAUGUGCGCACACGAGACAACAAGGUCCAUGGAGAACUGACAGUGCAGGAGGUGAUGGCCAGACUGACCCUCCUGAAACAAUCCAGGUGCAGGAAUGCAGAGGAGGUGUUCUGAACCACAGAGAGAGUGUCUUUAUUGUACUGAGGGAAAAUUAGAUCAAGUUUAAAAAGUUUGAGAUGGGAAAUAGAGCAUAAACAUACAUAUGAAGGAUAAAUACUGGAAAAGAUGACCGUAAACAGAAGUAGUGACAUUUGAGAAUGUGCUUUGAAAGAAAGGCUUUGUGAAUUGGCUGUUAAAUUAUGCGAUGGGCUGAUGUUUAAGAAAGCUUGUGUCUUUUGGGCUGUGUACUGACUGUUAAUAAAGAC